AUGACACGCAAAGUGAGGCUAACUCAAAAAAGCUGCAUGUCAGAGUCAUAAACAAAGAGGCCAAUCGCAAAAAAAUCUUGACGGUGUUUUUUUUACCUACUCUUACUGUUUUGUGUUGUGUCUAGUGAAUUAUUUUUUUAGAUUUAUUUAUAAUAUAAUGGUCUAAUGGUUUUUACUCUAAUCGAAGAAACUGUAUAUUUAUAUAUACCAUAAAGUGAACUUUGCGACAUUGAAGAAAAGUUUAACACAGUAUUUAGCCUACCAAAGCUGUUCCACGUUAGAUUAGUCAAUAAUUAUGGCAGUUUAUUUAACUAAAUCUAUGAUGUCUAGAAUGAAUAGAGUAACAUAUCCAAACACAAGCCUUAUUGAAGAAGAAAGUUUCCUCAACACUUCUAACAGUGAACAUUGGGAAAGGCUCAUGAUGGACAGCAAAAUAGGUUUAAGAUUAUCAAGAGAAAAGAUAUGCAGGGUCUGUGCAAAAACUGGUUGUACACCUUUGAGCAGCAAGAUAAAUGAAUAUGAUAUCAUGGCAGCUAUUAGCAGUAUUACAAAUGUUACAAUUAAUGUAGAUGAUUCCUUACCAAAAUACAUAUGCCCUGAAUGUUUGGAGUCACUAAAGGUAGCCAUGCAAUUUAAAAGGUCAUGUGAAAUAGCUGAUAAGAAAUUCAGAAAAAUAUUGAAUCCUAUGGGCGAUCCAUCACUUCACUCAUAUCCAUAUUCAAAACAUGAUUUUCAACUGUUACUACAUCAGAUGAAAUUGAAAAGAAUGGAGUCUGAACAGAAGGAAGACGAAGAAAGAAGGAAGAGAGAAAGACUAUUGCAAAAGAAAGACCCCAAGAAUAAAGAAUUUAAGUGUUCACCCUGUGAUAUGGCAUUUCCCAAUAAGGAAGAGCUGGUAGCACAUCGACGCGAGCGACAGUGCAUGCGGCGCGCGUGCGACAUUUGCGGGCAGCUGGUACGCAGUAUUGCGCAGCACAUGCGGCACAAUCACGCUGUUGCGCACAAGUGCCCCACCUGUGGCAAGGAGUUUCCCAUGAUUGCGCGACUGAAGAACCACAUGCUAGUGCACACAAACACAUUCAAUUUCUUCUGCGAUCUGUGCCCUUACAAGUGCAAACACAAGUACUAUCUAGUGAUGCACAUGCGGACACACACAGGAGAGAAGCCGUAUAAGUGCGCAGAGUGUCCCGCUACAUUUGUCAAUGCUUCCAAUCUCAACAAACACAAACUGACACACCAGGAGAAACAGUUUAAGUGUAUGCUAUGUGAAAAGGCCUUCCGUACUGGGACUGCUUUAUGGGAGCAUCACGACGCUAAGCACAUGAAUAUUAAACACACUUGCACUUUCUGCGGACGGGACUUCUGUUACAAAUCCGAUCUAAGGAAGCACGAGAUCCGUAGUCACAAUCGCAUCAAACGCGACUACAUAGGUGGAGAGCCCACGUACAAACAAGUGGAAAGACUGCAGAAGAUACAGGACGACAACGACGCGAUGGAAAAAUGGCGGAUGCAACAGAUUGUGGUGACGCAACCACAGCAGACCUACAUAGAACACACCAAGGAGUUUGUACAGACUACGCAUUCGAUGUACGUCUCCGAUGUGACGGGUAUCAUGCAGCAACCGAUUCUUGCUCAGCCACAAACAGUCCAGCUAACAUUACCUGAUUUGGGGUUGAAAGAUGAAGUGAAGAUGUACGAAACCCAGCAAGGAAUGGCGUAUUUUUAAUGUAACAGAUAUAUAUUCAAUGUUACAGUUAGUGCAUAUAAAUUACUGUUUAAAAUCGGUUUCAACGCGUAUUAUUAUAUAGCAAAUAUUUCGAUGUUAGUUACAAAACUUUACGUUACUGUUUGUAUUUAGCAGCGAAAUCGUCGUCAGGCAUAACUUUACGCUUGACUCUACAAGAUGUCAAAUUUAGCACGUGCGCCACGUUGCAGGAAUGUUUUUGUUGUCCUUUUACGUUGCAUCACCUACUCCUAAUUUUUAACGGUUUCCUUUGCUCACCAGAUCAUCUUUCUUUUCCUUUCCUUUU